AUGGCUCUCCGUCAAUUCACCUUACUUUCAAACACUACUCUCUUCAAAAACAAAAUCGUUUCAUCACUUUCAACAAUGAACAAAUCUUGUGUUCCUUGUUCAGUCCAAUGCAAGGCUUCUUCCAUUAUCACUUCUGAUCAGAACAAUACUUCUCGUCGAUCUGGAAAUUACUUCCGACCUUCAAUUUGGAGCCACGACUAUAUCCAGUCAUUAACAAGUGAUUUCGUCGAAACUUCAUAUGCAGAAGAAACUGAUAGGCUGAAAGAAGAAGUAAGACUAAUGCUCUUGAAGUUGGAAAAUCCUAUGGAUCAACUUGAGCUUAUUGAUAUCUUACAAAGACUUGGCGUGGAUCAUCAUUUUGGCCUUGAAAUAAGCAAUAUCAUAAAAAACAUUUACAAGAAUAGGGACCAAUUAAAGAGGAACAACAACUUAUUUGCUACGGCUCUUGAAUUCAGACUCUUGAGACAACAUGGCUAUGAUGUGUCAUCAGAGGUAUUUAAAGGAUUUCUUGAUGAUAACGGCAACUUUCAAUCUGGCCUUUCCAUUGAUAUCAAAGGGAUUCUUUCACUGUAUGAAGCUUCAUUUCUUUCAAUGGAAGGUGAAAUAAUACUAGAUGAAGCUAGAGAUUUAAGCUCAACUUCUCUCAAAGAAUUUGUCUGUCAAAACAAUGAAGAAAAUGAGACAUCACCCUUAGUUAAUCAUGCUUUGGAGCUUCCUCUCCAUUGGAGAAUAUCAAGAUUGGAAGCUCGAUGGUUCAUUGAUGUUUAUGAAAGAAGACAGAACAUGAGCCCUGCAUUGCUUAAGCUUGCUAAGUUGGAUUUCAACAUUUUACAAGCCAAAUACCAAGAAGAUUUGAAAAAUACAUCAAGAUGGUGGAAAAGAAUUGGACUUGGAGAAAAGUUAAACUUUUCAAGGGAUAGAAUGGUGGAGAACUUCGUUUGGACAGUGGCAUUUGCUGAGGAACCACGCUUUGGAUAUUAUAGAAGAGUGGCAACAAAGGUUAAUGCACUGAUAACUACAAUCGAUGAUGUUUAUGAUCUCUAUGGCGAAUUAGAAGAAUUAGAAAUUUUCACAGAAGUCAUUGACAGAUGGGAUAUAAAUGGCAUUGAUUCUCUUCCAGAGUACAUGAAAAUAUGCUUCCUUGCACUUUAUAAUUUUGUCAAUGAAGUGGCUUUUGACAUCCUUAAAGAGAGUGGACGCAACAUAAUUCCUCACCUUAAGAAAGUGUGGGCCAAUCUUUGUAAAUCAUAUCUGGUUGAGGCGAAAUGGUACCGUAGUGGCUAUCAACCAAACCUGCAUGAGUUCUUAGAAAAUGCGUGGAUUACAAGUAGUGGAUCUGUCAUGCUUGUUCAUGCUUAUUGUGUACUUUCUAAUUCAAGCCUUCUAGACUCUGUCUGCCUAGAAGAAUAUUAUGGCCUUAUUCGUUCUUCAUCAAUCAUUUUACGCCUUGUCAAUGACCUGGCAACAUCAAAGCGUGAAAAGGAAACGGGUGAUAUACCUAAAGCAGUUGAGUGCUAUAUCAGUGAAACUGGGGCUUCUGAUGCUGAUGCUCGAAGGCAUAUGAAUUCAUUGAUAUGUGAAACAUGGAAGAAGAUAAAUAAAGAAGCUACCAAUUCUCCAGACUUUAAGAGUUUCAUUGAAGUUGCGUUGAACGUGGUAAGGAUGUCAUUAUGCAUGUACGAGCAUGGAGAUGGCCAUAGCAUUCAAGAUCCCGAGACUAUGAAGAGUAUUACAUCGUUACUUUUCCUACCUAUUGUAUGA